CUGAAGCUUGGCGCCACUCAGUCUCUCCUUUCCUCUAUUGAUUUUGACUCUUCCUCUCUAUCUCGCCCCCUUUACUCCUCUCACUCGAUCUCUCUUCUUCCACCUCUCCUUCUCUCUUUCUACUCUCACCCUGAACAAGAAAACGACCAUGGAAAGGAAAGCAGAAAACCACGGUCUGCCUUCUCCUUUCAUUUCGAUUCUCCACUCGUCGCCGGCCACAGAAUAUGGUCCGGACCACCUCAAAUCGAUCAGAAGAAAAUCGAUGUUUGGGGCGAUGUCAGUCACUUCUCGUCUCGGGGAAGAGAAAGAAAAGGGUCGCCAGAGGAACAAAUGUUACCGCAGUGUGGAAGAAAAGGGAUUCGCCGGCGUCAGAGAUGAAUGACCCUCGUGUCUAGAUGGUUUUGGUUCGAAAUUAAGCUUUGGUAAAGGGGUUUAGAUGAGAGGGGGAACACUAAAACAAAUCUAUUUUUAUGUUUUGAGUCAAGCGUCUAUCUCUCGGUCUAAUGUUUACAAAUCUUUGUUUUGGUGAUUCAUGAGUUUGAGUUUUAUUUUAAUGUAACACGAGACAAAAUACACUGAAACAAAAGUAUACAAACUAAUCAAGCAGAGAUAGAAAACAAAAUCUAGUUUUUAUUGCGAUAUGCUUAAACAUGACAAAGCAUAAAUGGUAAAAAUGAUG